AUGUUUCUGAGUAAAAUUUAUGGUGAAGCACAAAAACUAUUAUUCAUCAGACUGUAUGGGUUGUAUGAGAAGGGUUUUGUGUCCCUGUUAUACAUUACCUCCAUCAGUUCCUACAUUAUUGAUGUCCUUCAUAACCCCAGACUCUCCAUCUGUACAAAUGAACACGCUCUAAUUUCUGAGAUUGAGUUUGAUGUCGAACUCUUUUAUGAAAUACGUACCUAUAAUUCGUCACUCAAAUUAAACGAUUGUAUGAAGUAUCUACUGACAUUAGAACAUAUGAUAAGUUCACCCCUCCUGACACAGUAUCAAGUCAUUAUGCUACAGAGACUUGCAGCUUCUUUCCUACAGCAAACUGCUUUUAUAUUAAAUAUGGAGACUUACUCUCAUGAAAACAAACUUAGGUAUAAAGCUAAUAAAAUCUCCCAUCACAUGCUGAAAUUAGCAGCCAAAUUUGGUUGUAUUACUGACAUGAUGUACAUAGCCAUGUAUUAUUACAAGACACUUAGAUACAUGGAAGCUUUAUCUAUUAUAGAGAUGAUGAAGGUCACAUUAGCACAGCCAUAUGUGAUGAACAGGCCAAAUGUAGAUGCAGAGAAGUAUAUUGAAGCUGUAGGGGGACAGACCUGGUCUACAAAGAUGAGACAAGCUAUAGCAUGCUAUAUCACACUCGAGAAUAGAAUCAAUUACAUCAAUGAAUUAGUACCGGCACAACAGUCUUCUUCUCUACAAAACAAUGGGACUUCAUUAUAUGUCCCAUCCUUUAUAAUGUUGCACAUGCUAGAGGUCUUGUGCUAUAGAUACGUAGAGUCAUUGAGAGCACAAACAGCUCUAGAUGAUCUACAUACCCUAUUUCACUAUGAUCAGGGACAACUUAUACCUUUAGAUUACAGGGACAUAUCCUGGAAGAUUCUGCAGAUUUGUCAGCAAGUGACAAGGAACCUCUAG